CCGCUGAGGGAAGGAGGACGGACGAUAGAGAGGCCCAAACCCACGGUGACACCUACCGAGACGCUAUUCAAACCCGCUCCUGGCGACCGCCGCCGCAGAGAACGCCGGGAAGGGGGUGGAGCGGCGUGGAAGUACGGCGGCCUCCGCGGGGCGAGGCGGAGCCUGGCUCUUCCCGCCUCUGUCCGGGUCCGGUCCGGUUCGGUCCCGUCCCGUCCCGUCCCUCGGGCGCCAUGGGCUGGGAGGAGAAGCAGGUCCGCGGGUACUCUGAGUUCAUGCACACGGCGCAGCGCUACCACGGCCGGCCCAUCUUCGCGCUCUUCUGCGGUGACAAGGAUGCCGAGGGCAAGAGCUGGUGCCCGGACUGUGUGACGGCUGAACCGGUUGUGAGGAUGGAACUUCAUAACAUGCCUGAUGAGUCUGUAUUCAUCUACUGCCUAGUAGGAGACAGAGCCUACUGGAAAGAUCCCAACAAUGAAUUCAGGAAGAAUCUGAAAUUAACAGGAGUGCCUACGCUACUUAAAUAUGGAACACCUCAGAAGCUGGUUGAAGAAGAAUGUUUUAAAGCAGAGCUUGUGCGUAUGUUGUUUACUGAAGACUAAGUCCUCCAGUAGUCAAUCAUUUCCGAAGACAUUAAUCUCAAGUUGUUUGUGGUGUCCUUUCAAGGAAUCCUUAACCUUUUUUAGAACUUUUAUGGUUAAUUACUUCUAACUAGUCAAGAUAAAUGUCAUUAAAUUCUAGGUCCCAGUCCUUCACUGAAAUCUUGCAACAAAACCCCUGUACCUUUCUUUUCAUGUUAAAAUAAACUUGAGUUUGAAAACAGUCUCUUUUCAAAG